ACUGUGACAACUGACAUUUGACGUUUUGUUUUGUUUUUGUUUAUGUUAAAAUCGCAUUUAGAAUGUUUUACAAAUGCAGGGCGUGUUUAAACGUAUCAGACAACAUGCACUUUUUAACAGAAAGUGAGCCCGAAGGCAAAGAACUAAUAACUAUGUUUACCACGAUCAACGAUUUUGAGUGGAUCAGCAGCGACGCAGUUCCUUCGUAUUUAUGCAAUGAGUGUGAAACCGCCCUACAAAUCUCGUUCGAAUUUAGAAAAAAGUGUCUUGAAAGUCACGAGUUCAUUAUCAAGCAGCUCGGUGAAAAAGAACAGGUGCAAGAAACGGCGUAUAAAUGUACAGUGUGUUCUGAUAUUGUGGACACGUUUGAAGCUUUAAUGUCACAUAUGUCACUACUGCACAGUUUACCAGAGCAUAGAAAAAGUCAUAAAUUAUUGUGUUUGUUGUGUAAUAAAGAACUGACAGAGUGCAAACAUUCAAAAAUCAAUUCAGGUGAUUUAGAAUUUUUAAUAAAGUUUGAACCCCAUCCUAAUGAUGAUACUGUAGAUAAAAACAAGGAAAACAGUGUUGUAAAAAAAUCUCAAAGUAAAUACUGUGAACAGUGUCAAAAAACAGUUCGAAAUUUUGUAGUACACAUGAAUAAAGUUCAUUCUAAAGCUGUGAAAGAAAAAAAAGAUACAUAUGUAUGUUAUAUUUGUACCAAAGAACUGAAGUCUAAUGCCAGCCUUAAUGCCCAUUUAAAGGUGCACAGAGGGGAUAGCCCAUACAAGUGCAGCUUUUGUGGUAAACUCCAUAAAAAUAAGAGCCAACUGACUGAACACGAACGAAUCCACACAGGCGAAAAACCACACAUUUGUAGUGUCUGUGGAAAGGGGUUUGCUCAAGCCGGAGCUCUAAGCACCCACAUGAAAAUCCAUACAGGGCGACCGGAAGUCUGUAAAAUUUGUGGCAAGAGGUUUUGUAGACCAUCUGAGCUUAAGUUGCAUUUGAGGAAACAUUCAGGUGAGAAGCCCUUUUUAUGUACAGAAUGUGGUAAAGCUUUCAUCCAAAAAAGCCAUUUGGUGGAACACACGAAAACCCAUAGCGAUCUCAGGCCGUUCAAAUGUCUAUAUUGUGAUAAAGCGUUUAAACACAAGUCGUUGCUUAAUUCGCACUUACAGAUCCACUCAGGUUAUAAGCCAUUUCAAUGUAAAUUUUGCGAAUAUGCGUGUUUUAAAGGAUACCGGUUGCAGCAACACAUGAAAUUACACGAUAGUGAUUUUAAAAAGGAAAAAACGUACGUGUGUAGGGUUUGCCAGAGGGAUUUUAGUACGCAAGCUAUGCUCAAUGCGCACAUGACGUCAUCACAUAAUGCGAUUUUAUAGAAUAUAUUUUUUGUAAGUGUGUUGUGUAGUGCGCUAAAUAAAAAAUAAAAUUUU